AUGGCUCCCACCGCUCAGAAUGUCCGCAACAAUGAGGGCAUCGCCAACUACACAAAGUUCUGGCAGAAGGACUCCAAGGACGACACCUCGACCGAUAUGGCCAACCGACUCACCGAGUACACCAGCGUCGUAAACGGCUACUAUGACGGUGCCACCGACCUCUACGAGUACGGCUGGGGCCAGAACUUCCACUUUGCCCGCUACUACCCCGGCGAGGCCUUUUACCAGGCCAUUGCUCGCCACGAGCACUACCUUGCCCACAGCAUGCAGCUCAAGCCCAAGAUGCGCGUCCUCGACGUCGGCUGCGGCGUCGGCGGCCCGGCCCGCGAGAUUGCCCGCUUCGCCGACGUCAACAUCGUCGGCCUCAACAACAACGAGUACCAGGUGCAGAGGGCACGCAAGUACACGGCCCAGGCCGGCCUCGAAAGCCAGAUUGAGUUCGUCAAGGGCGACUUCAUGAAGCUCGACGAGCAGUUCGGCGAGAACUCGUUUGACGCCGUCUACGCCAUCGAGGCCACCUGCCACGCUCCCAACUGGGAGGGCAUCUACGGCCAGAUCAAGAAGGUCCUCAAGCCCGGAGGAGUCUUCGGCGUCUACGAGUGGUGCAUGACCGACGCCUGGGACCCUUCGAUCCCGGAGCACAAGCGCAUCGCCCACGGCAUCGAGGUCGGCGACGGCAUCCCCGAGAUGAGGAGCAUCGAGGCCGCCCGCUCCGCGCUCAAGACCGUCGGCUUUGAGAUCGAGCACGAGGAAGACCUCGCCGACCGAGGCGACAAGAUUCCCUGGUACUAUCCCCUCGAGGGCGACAUCCGCAAGUGCCAGACUAUCUGGGACGCUUUCACAGUCAUCCGGAUGACCCGGCUAGGCAAGUUUACCACGCAGACCACGGUCAAGAUCCUCGAGCGCAUCGGCCUGGCGCCCAAGGGGACGCACGACGUCGGCGAGUCUCUGAUCGUCGCCGCGGAGGCCCUCGUCGCCGGCGGAAGGGCCAAGCUCUUUACGCCGAUGAUGCUCUUCAUCGCUCGCAAGCCCUCUCAGCAGUAA